ACACAAUGAAGGAGUCGACCGAGGUGAACCAGGCGAAACCUGUUUCAGGGAUGGAGGGCUCGGACAGUGCUUCCGCUUCAGAUACAACAAAGGCCAAAUACCAACAGGCUCUAAAUCAAGCGUUCGCUCAGAUGGAUAUUCAACAAAAGGAAUCGUGGGACAGUAGCUCAGAUAUCGAUGAGGAUUUACAGGAUUAUGUGAAAGAGAACAAACGACAAACGCUGAAAUCGUGGCUAAAUCGAUUGUUUCGUAUCAAAAUGACGGAUGGCCGGAUACUGAGUGGAUAUUUCGUUUGCACCGAUGCAGAUGCCAACGUUGUGCUACAGGCGACGAGCGAAUUUACCGAGAUAGGAGGAGAAGAACGGAUCCUUGGACUGGUCAUGAUACCAGGCCGGUACAUAGUGUCGAUAGAAGAACGAAACCCUAGAUUCACGUGGUAACAAACAAAUACACGAUUGUUUUAUUUUCUACACGUC